AUGUUGAGUGAAAAAGUGAAAAUUCGAGUCGCCAUUUUCUAUGAGUUUAAACUAGGAACCAAAGCACCGGUGGUUUUUGAUAAAUUAUGUAAAGUGUUCGGACCUAAUUGUGUAACUGAUCGUACAGUAAGAAAUUUGUAUUCAAAAUUCCGUUCAGGUGAUUUUAAUCUUGAAGAUAAACCCAGAUCAGGUAGACCACGUGACAUUGAUUUGGAACUUUUAGAUCAGGUAAUCAGUGAGGAUCCAACGAAAACAUGUUCAUCGUUAGCGAUAGAGUUCGAGGUUAAUAAGGAAACAAUCAGAAAGUGUCUACAUAAACUAGGAAAAAAAUGGCGACUCAGUAAAUGGGUACCAUAUGAACUUACUGAAUCUCAGAAGCUGAAUAGGUUAACAACUUGCUCUUGUUUGUUAUCAAAACAUGAAAAUGAAGGUAUUCUGAGUCGGAUUGUAACAUGCGAUGAAAAAUGGAUUAUGUUAGACAAUAGGAAAAGGUCACAUGCUUGGUUAGAACCUGGAGAACCUUCAACUUCAACCCCUAAACCCUCAAUUCACGCGCCUAAGGUAAUGUUAAGUGUAUGGUGGUCAUGUCAAGGAAUCAUUUAUUAUGAACUGUUAGAUGUUGGUAAAACAAUUAAUGCUCAACACUAUGCUGAUCAGCUCCAAAAAGUUCAAGAUCAAUUGAUUUUAAAAGCUCCAUCUCUGAUCAAUCGUAAGGGUGUAAUUUACCUGCACGACAAUGCGAGACCUCAUGUCGCUAAAAUAGUCAGAGACAAAAUUAAAGAAUUGAAAUGGGAAAUUUUACCUCAUCCUCCUUAUUCCCCUGAUAUUGCUCCUUCAGAUUAUUAUCUUUUUCUUUCUCUCAGUAACUUCCUUCAGGAAAAAAAAUUCAAAUCAAAUUCGGAAGUAAAAAACGCUCUUGAUUCGUUUUUUGGCUCAAAAAAUCAAGAUUUUUAUCGAAAGGGAAUUGAAAAACUACCUGAGUUGUGGCGAAAAGUUGUAGAAUCAAAUGGAAAUUAUUUUGAUUAA